AUGGACAUUGUGGUGGGAGCAUUGCACGAAAGCGGAGAAAACCAAAUCCAGCAGUCUGGGGCAACCGUGACAAAGUUAACAGGAUUGUUGAGGGUGUCUCUGCUCCGGCGAGCAGAGCUCGAUGUGGCAGCGCAGCUCCCGGGGGGACGUGUGCUGCCAGCAGGUGUGGGGGCUGCCACGGAGGGCAGGUCUCCUGAGCGGGGCCCUCCUUGUCACCGCCGUGACAGCCACAGCGCCCGCGGUGCGCCCCGGCCGAGCAGGGAGGUGCCCUCAACUCUUCUGAGAGCGCUGGCGGGGCGAGCUGGUGGUGUGAGUUUAUCCUGGCUCUCCUUUGGAGGUAGGAAUGCAAACCAGGAGCAGCUGGCACCCCGUGGUUCCCCAGGCAUGCAAAUCCAUGUGCCCUUACGGGAUUGCGAAGAAUUCUGUCAGGAUGACAAGAAACACAUUUUGAAGUUGAACUGGAAUGACAGUGAAAUCUGCCAGGCACAGAUCUCAGGAGAGAGCUUAGAAUGGAUGUCUUUUGGAAUAUGCCAACUUCCCAGAUAUUGUGUUCACUGUGUUGCCUUAGAAUUGGGAGGCAAAAAAAACUCCGGGCAAAUUGAGUAG